CAUGUUGGACCGCCUCACGAAUAAUACACAUCGGAUAACGACAUGAAUAAUGCACGUUGGACCGCCUCACGAAUAAUGCAUCAGGACCGCCCACGGGCUCGGCGCUCGUGCCGUGGCGGAGCGGCCGCGCGGCCGGGAGCGAUCCAGGGUCUCCCGGCAACAGCCGCCAGCAGCGCGCGGGACGGGCACAGCUCCGCCCGGGGCCCCGGCGGCCGCGGGCAGCGGUAGCGGCAGGAGGGGUCGGGCCAUAAGCGCAGCGUGUGGCGACGCAGCUUGCCGAGGAGAGAGGCCGGCGAAGCGCCGGGCGCAGCCCCGCAGGUAACCCCGCCCGGCCCGCGGCGUGAACACCCGACACACCCCGGGGGAUGUGGUGGAACGAGCCACAGGAAGAUUGUGCCGAGCUUGGUCGGACUCCUGCAUGUCAGAUCUGUGUGACACAGUGGUGGAUCUCAUUGCCAGAACUGAAGGGACACGUUAUGGGAAACUGCCCGGGGAGUAUAACAAUUCCUCUGUCAUUGCAGUAUGUUUCUGCUGCUACCAUGACAAGGCAAGGCUCAUACAGAACGAGAAAUAAAAGUGUGUCUUAUUUCUGGCUGUAUAAACGGUUGUGACUAGAAGAGGCAGCACGGGAGCUCCCUAGAUGGAAGGAAUGUAAAGAUUUAUAGAAAGCAGAAAAGUUAGUUAAUACUUAUUAUAACCUUUGUCUACAGCCUCCAUGCAUAAACUGUUAGGACAUUUGUCCAGUUUUGAUAAAAUUGUCUGUAAUGGCUUUGCUUCUAACCUCAGGCUCUUUCUCAGGCACUGAAUGGCUUUUUUUCCACCGAUGGCUCCUGUGGUGGCAGCUACUAAGUUUUCUCCUGAUUCCCAGCUGAAACACCAGAAGAACAGCUUUCAGCAUGGAUUCAUAUUUGACAAAGAGGAAAGUUUAAAAGAUCUCUAUGCACAAAAGAACCAAAGAUACUCCCAUUCUAUGCCUGCAGAAAGCACUCAAGACAGGCCCAAGCAUGGAGGCUUCUGGUCAGGUGGACUAGAGAGCAAGUAUCUCAUCAGCCAGGUCUGUACUCAGUCAGCUAAAUCAUUAGGCAGACAAAAAGGAGUGGACCGUGCAUAUCCCCUGCAACCAAUUUCUCACCACCAGAGGGCAAGAACUCCACUGCUCAACACUGGAAGUUCCCCAAACGUGCAGGAAGCUCCAAAUACUAGAUCAAGCUCAUUAAGCAAAGGGAUGGUUCCAGCAAGGAUGUCUCAGUUAGCUGCAGUGCUCUGCCCUUGGACAGGGGAGCCUGAACCAUCCGCUCCCUAUCUGUACAGGAGAGAGCCGGCCCACAUCCUAAAGCUGGAGGCAGAUGGAAGGAACCUAGAAAAGGCAAUUCAAAAGAAAAAAGCCCUUCUUGGAGAGAAGCUAAAGAGGACAGAGGAGACGCUUAGGAGGGUUCAAAGAGAGAAAGAACUUAUCAAGGUAGAGGAGAGAACAGAAAGUGAAGUGGAGAAGACCAAUGAGCAAAAGGCCACAAGGCACCCUGAAGAAAAAACUUUCAGAGCUGCAGAGAGGCCAGAUGUUGACAUCUUCAGUGGGGCAAAGUUCACUGUCCCCAAGUCUGGCACCAAUCUUCACCCCCAAGAGCUGGCUGUGGGGAAACUCGAGGAGUGGGUGGUGGCCACAAAGUACAACAAAACAAACAACAGCAAAAUACGAGACAGCAAACCCACAGAGCAUUCAGCUUCUUGUUCAAAGCUGGCCCCAAAGCAUAGCCUUUCUCUCUCUGCCUUCUCAGACCAAGAUUCUGAUGACCACCCAUCUGCAGAGAUGCUAUACAUGCAGGCUGCCAGUGCUGUGGAGCAGGAGGAGUUUGGACAGUGCAGCUUCUGCAAACGCAAGUUUCUCUGCACAAGGCUUGAGAAACAUAUGAGUGUCUGUGGCAAGAACCAAGACUCCAAGAGGAAAGUGUUUGACUCCAGAAAGGCCAGAGCUAGGGGAACAGAACUGGAACAGUAUCUGAAGUGCACGAGCUCAAGGAGUCCUCAGAGUAAAACACCACCCAGAAAGAACAACUGGAAACAGAAGCACGAGGCUCUCAUCCACAUCAUGUCACAGGCCCGCCAGGUGCAGCAAAUCCUCGCUAAGGGGAGGAAGGUGUCUGACCUGCCCCCAUUGCCUCCCAUUGAAAAUCCAGACUAUGUUGCCUGCACCUACUGCGGACGCAAGUUUUCUCCCCGAGUAGCUGAGAGACAUAUUCCCAAAUGCAAAAAUAUAAAGAAUAGGCCCCCACCUCCACCACAGAAGAGACGCAGUACUCUUAUAAGAUAAGGCAGUGCCCAGCUGUACCUGUUGCUGUGAUUCCCUGCCUGUUUUUUGCCAGACUCACAGCUAUAGACAUUUGUGGUUUUGGCAAUCUCAACACUGGCUGCAAGCUUCUAUGCACAGCAAGUGAACAGCUCAGGAUGAAUAAGCUGAAUAACAGAACUUGUAUACUUUGACUUGGAACUUUUCCUCAGCACAAGAAGCUCAGGAUCAGAAAUUCCAGCGGUUAGAAAAGCUAGCAAUAGCAGGUGCUUACUGUCUGACUCCUUCUGUCAGUUCAUGUGCAUAGAACAGUGAUACUCUGAAUCACCCAGGCCCUUGAGGCAACAGAACAACUAUCACAAUCAGAUUUGAUAUUUAAAAAAAUGGAGUUUUCCUGCAGGCCAAGUUGCUAGGAACCUCUAAAAAAAAAAAAAAGCUAGCUCAAGCAUCCUUAAGUCAUCUGCUUAUAUUCAUUUUGGUUACUGCAGUGGUAGGGAAAUAUGACAAAAACAUAUCCCUUCUUUUCUUCUCGAGAUGUUAUUUUUCUAGAUUCUGAUUAUUAAAUAUAUUAAACUAGUUCUCUUGUGUAAAAGUUAUUUUAACUGGUCAUACAGUGGUCUAUUCUCACAGUAAGAAUGACUACUUUGUAUGAGAAAGUUCCAAGCAAACAAGGAAUAAAAAAACUCCAGCAGCUCCUUUUGCAAGUUCUCCAGUAGCAAUAGCAGCAACUCAUGGGAACCUGGGGAAAGAUGCAAAGCAACUAGAUUAAGCUGGAAUAGUCAGAAGUUGAAUAUGAAGAAAUACUUCAGCCUUCAGUGAGUGAAGCUGACUCCUGAAAGAGGUUGGAGAGAUUCUGUCAUCUAUAGAUGCAUGAGAAGAAAUCUCAAUUCCUUGGCACGCCCUGGAAAAGCAUGAAGGUCCCAGAAAGGAUCACUGCUGCACUGUGCCAGCCAAUGAUAUGUGUACAAACCUGAGAGAAAAAGCAGACUCAAAAGAAGGGAAAAUAGUUUACUGUAUCCAAACUGAUUGGAGAAGCAAGACCAAUGCUUUAACUUCAGGGUUUCAAAAAAGAGGAUAGCAAGAGGUGUCAAAAGGUAGGAAUUACCUAAUUCCUGGAAAGGGGUAAACUGAAACCUUUACGCCAGCCUCCUUGAAUUCAUGAAAGGUAGAAGUGAUUUGAACACACUGGUUUAAAAAUUCAGCACCACUGCCUGUCUUCUAUAUUAACUCUGCUUCCCUUGCACUAUGUUUUAUUGACAAUAUUUAGUGGACUCCAAAGGUCAGCAGUGUAAAUGCUGACAUGUGGAUACACACAGAAAAGGACUCGAUGUUGUAAAAUAAACCCAUGUAUUGGGGACUUCUCAUAACUGACAGGCAAAUGGCUAACACUGAGAUUGAAAAGAUUGAAACUGUAGAUUAAACAAAAGUUAUUAAAUCACCAGGCAUCAUUUG